CUCAUUUUUGUAGCUAUCAAAGGGCACGGCUAAGGCUGACUCAAUACCUCCGAAAAAUGAAGCUCGUGAUAUUCGCCUUUCUGCUAAACGUUGUCUGGAGUCGGAAACCCGCCGGAUGCGGGAGGCCGUCGAUCGAACCUUUCAUAGAGCCCGAAGACCGCAUUUAUGGCGGUAGGGUAGCCGUGCCGGGAAGCUGGCCUUGGCAAGCGCAGUUACAACUGCGCGGCCGCGCACAUAUCUGCGGCGGUUCCCUGAUCAGCGAUCAGCACGUUUUGACUGCCGCACACUGCGUCUGGGGAACACGGCCGGCAAGCUUGAAGAUUCACCUCGGUUCACACCGGCGCCUAAGAAGAGAACCAGGGGAGCUUGUUGUCGACGUCCAUGAAAUUUGCAUCCAUCCUGCUUCUCGUGCCAGCCUCCCAGCGGGUUUAGGGCAGGACAUCGCAAUCAUCAAGUUGAAGAGCAAGGUGAAUACGACGACGACCAUACAGCCAGUGUGCUUGCCCGAAAACCACGAAGAACUGUCCAAUACAUCGAAGGUGUUCGUUCUCGGUUGGGGAGAAACAGAACGCAGCCGAGGUUCACCAGUACUGAAACAGACUAGGGUGCAGUACUUAUCAAACAGCGAUUGCAGAGCUAGAGGAGUAACAGUAAUUUCACAAAUAUUCUGCGGAGGUCAUGUGCAUGGCAGCACCUGCAGGGGCGACAGCGGUGGACCUGUUGUGCACAGAAAUGGCGGCGUGUGGUCGCAACAUGGCAUCGUCAGCGGAGGGCCCUUUAAUUGUGGAUGGCCAUACGCACCGCAGUUUUUUGUCAAAGUGUCAUCCUACGUUGACAACUUCAUUGCACCUUACAUAGAUCCCAAAACAAGUCGCGAGAAAAUUCGAAGUAUAUGCAGACUAGUAAGUUCGUAAGAUGCCGUGAAACACCAAAUAGACAGCAUUAGUGUACUUUUUUUUUACUUAAUGGAAAUAUUGACCUUUAUGCUGAUUUAUGCAACACAAUAGAUGGGCGAUUGUGUAGCACACGUGCAAUGGUCUACGAAAUUGACUUUUUGUGUAGGUCACGUGAUGUUAACUUUUCUGCUAAACUUAGAAAAUAAAAUACAUUGUACAGUCAA